CGUUCAGACUUGCAUUGGUUUGUUUGGUUUGUUUGGUUUGUUUGGUUUGUUUUGUUUGCUCGUGCUCGCUUACCACUUAAAUACAAUGGAACACUUAACAAUUCGAGUCACGCAACAGGACAAAACAAAUCUGUGAAUACGUAUAGCGUCUUGGGUAACGAAGAAAACAACGUAUCACGUGAUCAAGUGGUCGUCAAGUGUAACAUGACGAUGUGUGGGUUAGAUUCAACGCACGAUCAAACUGCUUCAAGCAAUGCUGAAACUAUUGCGACAGCACAACAACGAAAAGAAGAAACUACUGAUGUGCCACUGAGUGAAAAGGGCGUUGUACUGCUGCAAACAAUUUUAGGAAAUAAACCUCACACUAAAACUGAUACAAGUGACGGUAACUCAACAACGGACGAUUCUGCACUAAAUUCCCAACCGAAGAUAUUUAAAAAAUCAGACGAACUAUCUUCUAAUACAAGUUCAGGAAAACAGUCGACUGAGAUAAAUAAUUCAAAUCUGUCCGAAUCACAAAGUAACACCAGUAGCAGUUCAAUGGUUGACACAGUCGUGGAAAAAACGAAAUAUAAAUAUAGCAGUUCAUCAUCAACAAGUGUUUCAAGUAUUUCUACCUGGGAAGGCACGAUAGAAGAAACACAAGAUAAGCACAUAGAAAACAAAGACGCAGCGUUACUGCAUUUAACAGAAAGUAAAGCUCGUGAGUUUCUAUUGCACCGCUUUUUGGACCAGCAUUACACAGAAAAUCUUGAUUUGUACAAACAGUGUAUUCACACUGGUUUGAACAAGCAAAUAAGCAAACAAAACAAGACCCCUAGUAGUCGAUGUAAACGAGGAAAGAAAAUCAAAAUUCAGCCACACGUAAACGGUGAGAAAAGUUUACAAAUUAAUUCUUCUGUUUGCACAACUUCUGUAAACGAAGCCCAAGCAAAGCGAGCAAUUCGUAGACUCGUAAAAGACUUGCGAAAAAUAGCCGAGCGAGAAAGUGACGACCGCACCAUGGGAUCAAACGUUACUCAGUCGGCAAAUUCAAAUCCGAGCACGAAACCGCCUCCAGCACGCAAAGUGAGUAUAAAGCAAGGCUCAUCUUUGGAUCAGUCAAUCAAAACGCAAGAAACGAAACAACUGGGGCCUGACAACAAAGCUCCGACAACAAAAAGUAUUUUGAAAGACAGCAGUCGUGCACCGGAUUCCUCAAGCAAAAAACACGUACGUCUAAACCAAACCCCUCACACUCAAAAAGAAAGAAGGAAAUCUAAAAGCCAGAUAAAGGUCGGCCCGACAAUGUCGAAAAAAUCCACACGGAAAGAUUUCCUGAAUUCUAGUAACAAAUUGAAUCUGCCCGGAGAAAUGUUUUCGUAUUCGUACCUUAUGUCUCUGCUUAACACCCUUCAAACUAAACAGCAGGGCGCUAGUUAUUUUUAUAAAGGGAAUCAGGUUACACUUGUGCCCUCUCCUAUUCGAUCACGACCAAUCAGACCAGUUCGACCUAAAUCAGCACCCUUGCGCAGGAAAACACGGGAAAAAACAACUCAAACUCUGCCCAAUCGCACAGAAGAAGACACGGAGAAUGGUAUGAGCUUAAAAACACCGACACCACCAAAAGUUACUAGCACGAAAAAUUCCCCUCCGUCAACUAUAAAGAAUGGACCGCAAGUAAGACCGGGUAGUGCAUCCAUAAAGUGUAGCUGGGUGCCUGAAGAUUCCGACCCUAAACCACAGAUAAAGGCCUCCGACCACCAACUGAAAAACACGGACAACCCGGCCAUUGCUGAGUGGCUGAAGCGUAAGAACCAACUGGAAAGACAACGACGAAUUUAUGACACGAGGAAAAAUCGAGUGAAGAGAGAAAAGUUGAUGAACGAGUUUAAUGAGCGAGAAAAUAAAAGAGAAGAAGCGCAGAUUGAAUAUGAAAAGUGGAAAAAGAGAAAAAAUCGGGAAAUACUUCUGCGACGACGUAAAGAAGCGCAUAAAGCAAGCAUUGGAUCAUCAUGUGAGGUUAAAUGCACGGAAGACAGGAAAGAAGAGGCAAGCAACAGCGUAAAGUUUUCCGAUUUACGAAGUUCAGCAAACAGUAUAAGUUCAAUGAAAAUGUUACCAGAGAAAAAAAUCCGACCCAAGUCAGCUCCUACUAAAGUUUCUUUUAACUUCCGGGAAGACAAUCUUGUUCCGGUGAAAAUAGAUUUCGAAAGUGGUGAUGUGACGAUAUUAAAAGAAAAUGAAGCGAGUUUUGGAAGUAAUCUGUCUGCUCGUGAGCCCUUGAUGAGCAAUGAUGGUACCGGAUCAAAAACUGGUAAUUUUCUAAAGGAAUUCUUGGAAGUAACAAACAAGAAACCAUCAAUGUUUGAUAUUUCUACUAGUGCUGGUACUGAUGUCCGUAAAUCAGAAUCUGAAACACAAAAUAAACCAGUUGCAUCCGCGAAGAAAGACGCAGCCGCAGAUAAAGAAAGGAAAAUGUACAAUACCUGGGUACGUACUGGUAAAAAGGCUCCACCGCGUUCUAAUACAGUAAAAAAGGUUAAGAAGCCUCAAAUCCCAAUUCACGAUCCAAUGAGCAAUGAGUUUAUAUCUGACCUCGCCAAGCGACGGAUCAAGAAAAUAAUGGAUCAAAAGAAGAGAGUCGACACAGGCCUGCGAUCUAAACGCAGCAGUUCUACCGUACCAGCUGAUGAUGAAAAUACGAAAACGGCGGAGAUACGAAAGUGGAGACUGAAUGAAAAUUUAUCUAGUAAUGAAGAGAAAUCGAUUAAACCAACUCCGCCUAAACUAGCAGUCGAAGAAAGACCGAAGUUUACUUAUAAUCGAAAAUCAAAAACGAAAUCUGUUUAUAACGAACGAAACCCCGUUGUAAGACAAGCGCUGAACAACAAUAGCCAUGAAUAGGAGUCAUUUAUUUUAAAGUUUUGUUUUAUUUUGUAACCAUUCCAACUAUUUAUUUCUGUUGAUAUUUUCGUUCACGUUGAGAUUAGUUUAAAUCUAUUGACGCAUUGUUCAAUAAAACGUAUACGUUUUAA